CCGUCCCAACACGGAAAUAUGGAAUAGCGAUAGCGACAUGAACGCUGCAUGAACGGCUCCGCUGCUGUUAUUAUGGACUUAAAGUGGUACUGCUAUCUUAACUUUCAUCGUGUUUAUUGACUACCCGCGCGGCUUUAGCGAUGUUAAACGGCCGGUGCUAACUUUCUGACAGAUGGACGCCCACGCUGGAAAUGGAGAGAGAGUUCGACCUCUGUUGUUAGUUCAAUAGCUUUAACCCUCCAUUUGUUCAGAGCCAUGAAACAAAGUGUUUUGAGGGUCAUGGGGGCUCUAGAACGCCUGCUGCUUUCUCUCCUGCUGCUGUCCUGGGAAGGCAAGCUAUUUCAGGUUGGAGGGGUCAGAUCAGUCACCCUACCAGAAUCCCUCCUGUUCGUCUCCACGCUGGACGGUAGUCUGCAUGCUGUCUCCAAACAGUCAGGAGACAUAAAGUGGACCCUAAGAGAAGACCCCAUUAUUCAAGUACCGGUCUACCUCACAGAGCCGGGUUUUCUCCCAGACCCCAAUGAUGGCAGUUUGUAUGUUCUGGGCGGCAAACACAAGGAAGGCCUGAUGAAACUGCCCUUCACCAUCCCAGAGCUGGUUCAGUCGGCUCCCUGCAGGAGCUCUGAUGGUAUACUCUAUACAGGGAAGAAGCAGGAUGUGUGGUUUGUGGUGGAUCCCGAGACAGGCGAGAAGCAAACCAGUUUAACCACCUCCUCCUCCGAAUCCAUCUGCCCUAACACUCCCCUGCUGUACAUUGGACGCACAGAAUACAUGGUUACCAUGUUCGACACCAAGACACAAGAGCUGCGAUGGAACGCCACAUACAAUGAUUACUCUGCUCCACCCUACGAUGACAAACAAGACUACAAGAUGGCCCAUCUUGUGUCGAGUGGUGAUGGACUUGUUGUGACAGUUGACAGAGAGACAGGUGACGUCUUGUGGAGUCAGAACUACGGAUCGCCCGUCGUAGGGGUCUAUCUGUACUCUGGCGACACGCUAAGACACGCCCCCCACCUGUCCCUCGCCAUGGAAACGCUACGCUUCCUUACCUUCUCCUCUGCCAACGACCACGAAGACGCACACUCUACGUUAAAGUGGAGCUAUCAGUUUGUGAAGGAGCAAGCCACCGCUCAAACACAACUCGUACCCACUCUCUAUGUAGGAAAGUUGGACUCCCACCUCUACGCCUCCACUUCUCUUGUCCACCAUGGAGUCUCCUUAGUGCCUCGGGGACUGACCUUGGCUCGAAUUGAGGGUCCAUUGACGGCCGGAGUGACGGUCCGAGAGCGAGGGGAGUGUGAGAUCACACCGUUCACUGAAGUACGCUACCCACCGGGGAGCACAAACAGCCGGAAAAACCACUGGCUGCUAAUAGGUCAUCACGAGCUUCCUCCAGUGGCUCACACCACCAUGCUGAGGGAUUUCCCAGUCGGCCUGCAGCGUUCCGGUGAGGCAGUCAUCCCCCCCCGCCCUUCUGCCUCCUCCUCCUCCCAUGCCUCCUACUACCACGAGCGCUACUUCCAGACAGUUGCUGGUAGCCAUAGCGACACUAAUGCUAAUAGAGGAGGGGUUGACGCGAGGACAACAGAACAGGCCCAGAGGCCGGUCGCUGUGCUGCCUGUCUAUAUGACUGCGGACCGUCUGACUCUGGCUUUUCUGACGCUGCUGCUGGGAGGAUGGCUGGCCUUCGCGCUCACAUACCCCGUUCGUGCAGGUCAUCAGCUGAAAGCUCAAAGGCAGCUGGAGGAGGCCUUUGAGUCUCGCCUCCAGCGAAUGCAUAACAACAUGCAGAACAGCAUGCAGACCAGCAUGCAGACCAGCAUGCAGAACAACACGCAGACCAGCAUGCAGACCAGCAUGCAGAGAGGGACCACGGUUUCUUCGGAAACAACCCUUUCUACUGACACAAACCUCUCCAGCGACUCUCAGCCUGCAUCUGCUGACCCUCCACCAAGUCCUCACGCUCGCAGCAGCAGCAGCAGCACCUCAGAUGUCGAUACAAAUGGCACCACAGGGCACAAUCCCACAGCAGGAAACGGUGAGGAAGUGCAGGUGGGCAAAAUCUCCUUCACUCCAUCGGAGGUGCUCGGACACGGGACAGCGGGAACUUUUGUCUUCAGGGGUCAUUUUGAUGGACGCCACGUAGCGGUGAAGCGAAUACUGCCGGAGUGUUUCGAGGUAGCAGAGCGCGAGGUGCAGCUCCUCCGAGAGUCUGACACCCACCCAUACGUCAUCCGAUAUUUCUGCACAGAGAGAGACCGCCUCUUCACUUACAUCGCCAUCGAGCUGUGCGCUGCCACCCUGCAACAGUAUGUGGAGGAUCCGUCUUGCUUUCCUGAGGUGAAUCCUAUAACUCUGCUGGGACAGACCAUGUGUGGCCUCUCACACCUCCACUCACUCAACAUAGUCCAUCGUGACCUGAAGCCUAGAAACAUCCUCCUUUCUGGUCCCAGUGCGCUGGGUCAGGUCCGAGCUCUCAUCUCUGAUUUUGGACUCUGUAAGAAGAUCCCAGACGGUCGGAGCAGCUUCUCCUUGAGGUCAGGAAUACCAGGAACUGAAGGGUGGAUAGCUCCCGAAGUACUGCGAGAUACUCCGGGCAACAAACCGACAGCAGCGGUGGACGUGUUCUCAGCAGGCUGUGUGUUCUACUUUGUGAUCAGCAGGGGGCAGCACCCCUUUGGUGAUUCAUUAAGACGGCAGGUCAACAUCCUGUCAGGAGAAUAUUCACUCUCACAUUUUAUGGACGAUAUACACGAUGACGUCAUAGCGCAGGAUCUGAUCGAGCAGAUGAUCAGCGGCGAGCCCUCCGCCCGGCCCUCCACCGCCUGUGUGCUCAAACAUCCGUUCUUCUGGAGCCCCGAGAAGCAGCUGCUCUUUUUCCAGGACGUUAGUGACCGCAUAGAGAAGGAGCCAGCGGACAGUCCCAUUGUGGUCAAACUGGAGACUGCAGGAAGAGCAGUGGUUCGAACCAACUGGAGGAUGCACAUCUCGGUGCCGCUACAGACAGACCUGAGGCGGUUCAGGACGUACAAAGGAAACUCGGUCCGAGAUCUGCUGAGAGCCAUGAGGAAUAAGAAGCAUCACUACCACGAGUUGCCGCCGGAGGUGCAGGAGACUCUCGGGGAGCUGCCCGAAGGCUUCGUCGGCUACUUCACCUCGCGGUUUCCACGGUUACUGAUGCACACGCACGCAGCCCUGCACAUCUGCUCCCCUGAGAGACUGUUUCACCCCUACUACCUGCAACCCAACGCCAAAUCGCAAUAACAUGACUCAUCAUCACUCCGUACUCUGUACACACACACACACACACACACACACA